CUUGUUGUUAUUAUCCGAUGCUAACUGCCGACCAGACAGCUUCUUCUGUGUUUAAACUUAUUAUUCGAAGAUGUCUUCAGACUUUGAGACCUACGAGCAGGAUUUUGGGACUAUCACCGCAGAAGUAACGAACAAAAUUGGCAAAAUUCCUAAACUAAGUGGAGAGGAGAAGACACAGCUGGUUCUAAAUGUCGACAAACAGCUUGAAGAAGUCAGAGAGUUGCUUGAGCAGAUGGACCUGGAGGUGCGGGAGAUCCCCAUCCAGAGCCGCGCCAUGUACAACAGCAGACUGAAGAGCUACAAGCAGGAGGUGGAGAAGCUCGAGAAAGACUUCAAAAGGUCACGUAUUGCCUACAGUGAUGAGGUGCGCAACGAGCUCCUGGGGGAUGACGCCAUCUCCUCGGAGAGCCAGUUGAUAAAGUUACGUGAAGAGAGAGCGCAUCUGUUGGACAACACAGAAAGGCUGGAAAGGUCAUCUCGGAGACUGGAGGCCGGCUAUCAGAUUGCAGUGGAAACUGAACAAGUGGGGCAGGAGAUUCUUGCCAACCUUCACACUGAUCGUGAGAAGAUUCAGAGAGCCAGAGAAAGGUUGAGAGAAACGGACGCCAACCUGGGGAAGAGUUCUCGCAUCCUGACCGGCAUGCUGAGAAGGAUCAUCCAGAAUCGCAUCCUGGUCUUCGUCCUCGGAGGCAUCAUCCUUCUCACCAUCAUCUUGGCCAUCUAUUUAAAUCUGCGAAGUCACUGAUCUCUACUGUGUACCCAUACAAAAACACUCCACCCCCCCAACGCCUCUCAACGCAAAUAUAAACACACACACGUACGCGUGAUUAAUAGCGACAACAGCGUUGUUCUGCUGUAAUUAGGACAAAUGGUACCCAUGAAUCAUACUUUCCUAAGCCUGACAGGGAGCUUUUUUCCAUUUGACUUUCCUUUUUUCCUUCUGGUUUUGUUCCUUUUCUCCACUUUUCACGUCCCUUGCUUUUUCCUUUCUCUUUUCUUUUGUACUCGGGCCUUUUUUUCUUUGCUUGUUUUACCAUCUCUUGAGACAACAGUGGUGUGAAAUGUGUUUUUUUUCUGAUUGGUAAAACUUUUCAUGUCAUCCUCGAUGUAGAUUUACAGCUCAUCUUGUCUUGGAACUUGGAAGAAAAUACAACUGUGUGCAUUUUGCAUAAGUGUUUGGACACAGUUCUGCACAUGCAUGCAUGCAUGCUUGCAACAGUCACAGUCAUAAACUACAGCCCCUCUGACUAUUGUUCACCUCAAACUAUUCUAUGUGGACAUGUGUAACUGCAGUAUGUCAGAGCUUUGGUAACUUAAUGAGUCAGCCAUUUUUAUGAUGCAGAGAAGCGCUUACAGAUAACUCCUGCAUUAAAUCGCCCCGCGCAGCCAAAAAUAUUAUUUUCAGGGCAGAAUUUAGUUCAUACUACUAAAAAAAACAUAUAGUUUGGCUUAUUGAAAGAAUGCUGCUUCAGUUCAAGAACAAAUGUGUGACUGUUUUAAGAGAGACUAAGAUUUUUAACCUGAAAGUGAGCCCACUCUUAAAAAAUCCUUAAAAGUUUCCAUAUUUGGUACAUUUUUCUCCCAAUACACACAUCAUAAAUCAAAACUCUUUUCAACUUUCUUUGUGAGAACAUAUAGCUUAUAUAUGUAUGUACUAACAUUUAAAUGUAUGUCAUGUAUAGUGUUUUUGCUUUCAUCGCAAGUGAUUCUGUUACUAUUUAUUUAAGAAUGCAGAGGUUUCAAUUUAAAUAUCUGUGAUAUAGCUGUAUGAUUUAUUUUUGUUUAACGAUUUUUUUUUGUCUGAAUUAACAUGAAUUGUAUUGCAGGACCAAAAGAAACUGUGUUGGUUUUUAGUUGCUUUCGAGGUUCUUAUUUUUUCUCUGUAAACAGAUCUUACCUGUUUUACAACCUGUAAUGUUUGUUGUCUGUAUUUCAGGAUUGUCACAAUACAUGUUUCUGUUUAUCAGUAUCCAAACCGAUGAAAUAAUAUGGUUGCAGGUUUGUC